AUGCUGCCGCCCUUGGACGACCAGGUACUGCGCGACAACCCCGAGUUCGCCAGGCUCUACUCGACGCUCACCAACGUCGUGCUAAACCUCGACGGGACGACCAAGCAUGAUCAGGAGGAGAAGAAGCGCACCGCCGUCCGUAAGGAGCUCGAUGAGUACCGCCUCGCGGAUGUCAAGCAACGCCUCCUCACACAUGCCAUCGCUACGGCCUCACCGCCUGAGUCGCGGGCAUCCGUAGCCAGAUCCAUCACCGAGCCAGGGCAACGCCUGCGAGAAGGGGUGAGCGCUGUCGCCGAAGUGCCCGAGCUGCUGCUCGACCUCCUCCUCGUCCUCCCCCAGCUCCUCGAGGCCGAGAAGAGCCUCCCCCAAGAAUCGAUAGAGCUGCUGCUCUCCAGCCCCCCGCUCUCAGAGCUCGGCGCGAUGAUGCCGGACCUCGCCGCCCUCGUCUCCUCAAACCUGCACUCCUCAGCCCUCAGUCUCGCCCGUCUAACACACCCCACGACCAACGCGUCCUACCUCCACAGGCACGUCGCCUCACUCCCGCAAGACCACGCAGCCCUCCUCGCGAGUGUUGAGAAGGCGCGACAGGACUUGGCCGUCGCGCGCGCGCGCACGCUAGCUUCCCUCGUCGAGCUGUUGCACACGUACACGAAGUGCCUCGCCCAUCUUGUCCGGUCUCUCGAGGCGAAGCACGGCGUCGUUGCGCGUAGCCUGGAGCUCCGCGCCACCGACGUCGCCCUGCAGGCGCAGCGCGUCGACGCUGACGCGCAAAGCGCUUUGCGUAACCUCGCGAAGGAGGUGUACUCUCCCGAGGCGAUCGCCGCGUUGCGCAACUACGCCGCACAUGUGCAGGAUGCCAAAUUGAGGGCGACAGACCGCUUGCGAAGCCUCCAGGCCGAGCUUGGCGAGUACGGCGUUGGAGCCACUGGCGGCGAGGGCAAGGAGAAGAUGAUGAGAGAGAUGGCUAGAGUGCAUGGCGAAAUGACACGGCAAAUAGAGGAGGUGAAGAAGGACUUAGAGCGGCUGCAGGACGGCUAG